GCUCCACGCGCGGUGUGUUCACGAACAUCCGCUCUGCGCAGCUUCUACACAGCCCUUCCACGCAGCUGCAGGAACGUGUUAUUUUCACUAUAGACUGGAAGAAUUUCUGUAAGAACAGUAAAAUCGCAUUAUUUAUGAUACUGUAACGUUUGUCGAGGCGGAUACGCAGACGCUGCACUUGCGCAACAACGGCGCAUAAUUGACACACUUGAGUCCUAGCCGGCAUGAGCCGGAAGUGUUCUGACGAACUACCCCCGGAGGAGGGGAUGGAGGUGGACUGUCAGCCGGAGGACCUGUCGAAGUGUUCGUAUGAGGAGCGCUGUGUGGAGCUGGGGGAGGUGAAGGACAUGAGGCUGGAGGCUGAGGCUGUGGUCAACGAUGUGCUCUUCGCGGUCUCAGACAUGCACGUCUCUCACAGUCUCACCAGCGGACUGGAUGUGGCCUACAUAAACGUGGAGACCAGAGAGGGAAACCGAUACUGCUUAGAGCUCACCGAGGCAGGGUUAAGGGUGGUGGGACACUGCUUCGAUCAGGUGGAUGAGGGCUUGAGCUCCCAGUAUCAUGAGACUGUUUACUCACUGCUGGAUUCUCUCAGCCCUGGAUACAGAGAAGCAUUUGGAAAUGCUCUUCUACAGAGACUGGAGAGGCUCAAACAAAACGGACAGUGAGAGCUUCAGUACCAUUCAGAAUAUCUUUGCUCGCUAACAGUUCAUCCAAGUCCUGUGCCGCUCUCAGCUUAAGCAUCAGUGGUACCUUUUUCAGUUUUUAGCCUGUGAUAUGUUUUAACAGACCUUCUUGGUGUUGAUUUGACAAACUCGCCUGUAAUGUUUUAAAGUGUUUUACUAUUAUUUGGAGAGGUAUCAUUGCUGUGACACCAAUGGGCCCAGAUGAAUGCUCAUUUUUUUUUAUUUAACAUUUAUGCAAAUGAAAUAGCAGUGCUGUUUUGAGGACUAUGGGAAAAUGUUUGAACUAAAGGUUUUUGUGAUAACACACUAGUGCUAUGAUUUUGGAUGAACUGGGUCCUGCAAAAUAUGAGUUUUAGAGCUCCAUACUGUACUUCCACCAACUGUACAGCAUGGCUCUUUAAAGUAUUAACAUUAAAAACAUAUCAGAUGCCUUACUACUUUCAUCCAAAUUUCUUUUGUUCCAAUUUCAGUUUAACUUGUCCACAAGAUAGUUGUUAUUUAGAAAUCCUGAAACAUUCAGUAUCUUCUCUUCCUUUUGUUUGCUACAGAUAAUUUCUUAUCAGACCCCCUUUUUGAAUCUGUUGCUUCAUCUGUCAAAAUCAGCAGAAAGUAUUGAAAAGCCAAAACAUGGUGGUGAUAUCCACUUCCAGCCCCAAAAAGAAAAUGGAAACAUUUGUCAGUUUCUUAAACCUGUCUCAAGGAUCAAAAAUGGUGCAUUUUAGCACUGAAACAGAAGCUUUAUACUUUUAUUUACGAAAGAGUUGAGCAGAAUCUUCUCCCCCGUAGUUGCAUUACAUAACAGCAGCAUGUUUGUGUGAAUGUCAAUGCUCGACUUAUUGUUGUAAAGAAAAUGACAUUUAUUAUGGUAAUUAAUGAUAGUUCUAUAUCGGCAACAGCAAGCAUAUCACGUAAUAUGUAUUGUCCAGUAUUGGUGUUUUUAAAAUAUGUUUUAAAUAAUGACUUUUGAUGUUUUCAGGAAGAAAGAUUUUAUGUUAUGUAGAAUCCUUGAUUGACUGAUCAAAACAAAAUGCUUGAUCUUGCACAGAAUUGCACUAAAUGAGAGAAAGCAGUCAUUUUCUGACUUUGUUUGAAAGGGCUGCGUAAAGAUAUGCUACAAAGUUACAUUCCAUUUCAUUUCAGUUUAAAACAGAAGGAAGAGAUUCAUUUAAAAAAUGCGUACAGGAAGUUGUGGUGUGAUGGGUUUCUACCUCAUGUUGGGUUUUUAUUUUGACCUCUUCAGCAUGCCUGUGAAAUUGAUGUGUGUUUCCAGCUGGAUUGGGAUAAGGCAGGUGAUAAUAUGCUGUUUUGUGAUUAUAGGGUCAAUGAACAGAAUUGGUCCUCUGGUUUUAGCAAAUUCCUGUAAAACACAAUACACUCCAUAUCUGUCCCAAACAAACCUAAUAAUUUACAGAAUAUUGCUUAGAUAACCAAGAUGGAAAACAAGAGAGCGUUUAAAUGUACAUGGCACAAAUAACUUCUGUACCUGAGGGAAUGUUGCUUGCUUUGGUUUCCUUGUAAUAAAAAGCACACAUUCAAAUGUUA